CUGCCCCAUGUGACUGGGGAGCGGCUGCCCCCGUCCAUGGCUUGGCCUCCCCCGGGCAGCAGCAGCUCCGGCUCCCGGGGAGGAGGGGCAGGAGCUGCUGCUCCAUGGGGAGGAAGGGCAGCCCCCGAUCCCCCCAGGCGGAGGGGGGAUCCCGGGCCGCCUCCCCCCCCUCCUCCCCCCCCCUUUCCCCGCUCUGGGCCUUACCCGAGGAGCUGCUGCUCCUCAUCUGCUCCUACCUGGACGUGCAGGCCUUGGGACGCCUGGGCCAGGUCUGCCGCCGCCUACGCUUCCUCAGCAGCCGCGAUCUCCUCUGGAGGCGCAUAGCCCGCGGCUGCCUCAACUCCGGCUUCACCCAGCUCGGCACCGACCUAGCGGCUGGCAUCCCAGUGAAGGAAAGGGUGAAGGUCUCUCGCAACUGGAGGCAUGGACGCUGCCGGAGGGAGACGGUCCUGAAAUGGAAACGAAAUUUGAUGCCCUGGAUGGAGUUGGAUGGCGAGUAUCUCUACCUGUCUCAAGCUGAGAACAUCCAGGCCUACCAACUCUGUCCAGAUGGUACAGGUUUGCAGCGUCACCCUCAAGCUAUCUUCUCUGGCCACCAGGAGGACGUAUGUCGCUUUGUACUUGUCAACUCCCACAUUGUCAGUGGAGGAGGAGAUGGAAAUAUUGUCCUUCACAAGAUCCAUGGCUCCUACAGUGUCAAGUUCUCUGCUCAUGAACAAGAGGUGAACUGUGUGGACUUCCAAGGUGGCCUCAUUGUCAGUGGCUCCCGGGACAGAACAGCAAAGGUUUGGUCCCUGUCCGCGGGCAGAGUUGGGCAGUGUCUACAUACAGUGCAGACAGAGGAUCGAGUGUGGUCCAUUGCUAUCAGCCCAUUAUUAAGCUCAUUUGUGACGGGGACAGCCUGCUGUGGACACACCUCGCCUCUGAGAAUCUGGGACUUUGAGAGCGGUCAGCUGUUGACCUGCUUAGGGACUGACUUUCACCGUGGAGCCGGAGUCCUUGAUGUCUUCUAUGAAACGCCCUCCCUUCUCCUUUCGUGUGGGUAUGACACCUACAUCCGCUACUGGGACAUACGGACCAGCACCAGGAAGUGUGUCCGGGAGUGGGAAGAGCCCCAUGACAGCGCCCUGUACUGCAUAAGGAGCGAUGGGAACCACAUGAUUGCCAGCGGCUCUUCCUACUACGGCGUGGUGCGCCUCUGGGAUAAGCGGCAGACUCGGUGCCUGCAGAGCUUUCACCUGUCUUCACCCACCAGCAGCCCAGUGUACUGCCUCCGUUUCAGUACCACCCAUCUGUACGCUGCCCUGGCAUCAGCCUUGCACGUCCUUGACUUCACGGCCCCGUGAAGAGCACUACAACUGCUUCUGGUUGCCCCGACUCAGCAGAGUUGACACUUGGCUCAGGGAAAAGCAGGGCAGGAAAGGUGAGAGUGGCCCCCAAGGCUUCUGAAGAGAUGCUUUACCUGCCAGAAAGCUAUGUUGAAGAGUGCACAAAGGGCCAGACAUUCUCAGCCUCACCUGCCUGUUAGUGGAAAUAAAGACUGACUGUCCUUUACCAUUUUUAUUUUGUGCCAGUCAGGGCUUAUAUUAUUAUCUGUUAUUUUUUUCCUCUUUUUUCUCUUUUUUUCUAUCCUUUUUUUUUUCUUUCCUUUUUUUUUUUUCUUUCCUGUGAAUAUGUUUGAGGGGCAGGUUGAGCCAGGAUGCCCUGUCAGCUUGUGUACUGGUCAGGCUGAGAUCAGCCACUCUCUGAGCCAUGUAAAGCAAGUCCAAGCUGUGUGUGGGGCGCACUGAAUUGGCGGAAGGGAAAGGUGCCUGGAGCAGGACCUCCUUUUCACCUGCGCUUGCUCUCCUGACAGCUGCUUGUGUUGUCCUUUGCAGCCAAGAGAAAGAAUUGAGCUAAUAAAAGUCAGAGCCAGCCCUGCUUUCAGUGUAUGCCUCCCCAAGCUGGCCGUCAGGUCAGACUGUGCACUUGGCAGGGCUGAAACAGUUGCAUUUUGAUAAAUAAAACUCUGAAGGGAAACAGAA